AUGUCUCUUCUCAAGAUGAAACAAAAUUCAAUCUUUCCCACAGUUUCAAUACUAGUUUUCUUCUUGAUUUCAAUUUCGAGAUCAGCAACAGCAUCGCCGGAUUCAUAUUUUGAUUCAUUCCUUAAUUGUCUUCUUCAAUCCCCAUCUGAUCAGUCAGUCUCUAAAGCUAUUUUCACACCAUCCAACUCUUCUUUCCAAUCCAUUUACGAGGCCUAUGCAAACAAUCUCAGGUUCUGGACUCCUGAAACUCCAAAACCCUUGGCCGUUAUCACAGCUUUAGAGGACGUCCACGUGCAGGCAACUGUUGUUUGUGCUAAGAAAAAUAACAUACAAAUCAGAAUCCGAAGUGGUGGACAUGACUAUGAAGGUCUCUCCUAUGUUUCUUUUGUCCCAUUUGUCAUCCUUGACAUGUUUAAUCUUCGUGCAAUCGAUGUGGAUAUAGCGAGCGAGACUGCUUGGGUUCAAGCAGGAGCAACAACCGGGGAGUUAUAUUAUAGAAUUGCUGAGAAAAGUGAUGUUCAUGCCUUCCCUGCAGGAGUUUGUACCACUUUAGGCACCGGUGGCCAUUUUAGUGGAGGUGGAUAUGGAACAUUGAUAAGAAAGUAUGGUUUGUCGAUUGAUAAUAUCAUCGAUGCUCAAUUAAUCGAUGUAAAUGGUAGAAUUCUUGACAGGAAAUUGAUGGGGGAAGAUUUGUUUUGGGCGAUUAGAGGUGGUGGUGGAGCAAGCUUUGGUGUUAUCCUUUCAUGGAAGAUAAAGCUUGUUCCUGUUCCACCGAAAGUCACCGUCUUCAAUGUGGCGAGAACCCUAAAGCAAGGAGCUACUGAUGUAGUGUACAAAUGGCAACAAGUUGCUUCAAAACUUGAUAAAGAUCUCUUUAUUAGGAUUAUGCCACAAGUUGUGAAUGGUGAUAAUGGACAGAAGACAGUUAACAUUGCUUUCAUCGGCCAUUUUCUUGGGCAAACCGAUGGACUUCUUGAAUUGCUGAACAGAGAUUUUCCAGAAUUGGGUUUACAACGAAAUGAUUGCAUCGAAAUGAAGUGGAUUGAAUCGACUCUUUUUUGGUUUGGAUUCCCUAACGGGACCUCUAUCGAUGUUUUACUUCAACGAGUAGUAAAGAACAAAUCCUUGUCGAAGAAUAAGUCUGAUUAUGUAAGGAAGGUGAUCUCGAAGGAAGAUUUGGAAACCAUAUGGAAGUUAAUGACAGAAAUAGAAGGGUUUCGGAUGCAAUUUAAUCCUUAUGGAGGAAGAAUGGAGGAGAUUCAAGAAUCCGAAACACCUUUCCCACACCGAGCAGGAGUCAUCUUCAAGAUUCAACAUUCGGUUUCAUGGACACAAGAAGGAAACCAGGCAACACCCAAGUACUUAAGUCUUAUAAGAAACUUUUACAAUUCAAUUGCUCCUUAUGUGACAAGCCAACCCAGAGAAUCUUUUCUAAACUACAGAGAUCUUGACAUUGGUGGUGGCUCAAGCAAUGGCGCAACCAGCUUUGAUGAUGCUGCAGUUUAUGGGUUCAAAUACUUCAAGGGUAAUUUCAAGAGAUUGGCUUUGGUGAAGGCUAUGGUGGAUCCUGAUAAUUUCUUCAAGAAUGAACAAAGUGUUCCACCUCUCAAGUGA